AUGCUUCGCAGGGUCCUCCCAGACACGACAAUUAUAGCUGUUUUGAACAUUAUUGAUCUCAAAGGUGGUGAUCAAAAGUACAAGACCUCUUGGGGCCAGCACCACUGCGAAGUUCUGGGCAUCACUUCAACAUACACCGUCUUUCCCCACCUCGAUGUUGCAUCUAUAGCCGUGUCUAGGUCCUGUACCUGCCUAUCAUUCGCAUAUGCGGUGCUAGUAUCCGAGAACCGCCUUGGGUGA